AUGGCCGGUGAAAGGAGCAGUCGCCUCGGAUCUUCAGGAGUUUUGUCCCGAAGUUCCUGUCGUGACUUGAAACUGACCACCUCUGCCCUCCACAUGGCGUCCACGCUCUCUACCCCCGCGGCCCAGGUGUCUGUGCUGUUUGAGGAUCUGGCUGUAUAUUUUUCCCAAGAGGAGUGUGUGAGUCUGUGCCCUGCCCAGAGGGCCCUCAGCAGAGAUGCCACACACAGGUGUUUCCAGGAUGUGGCCUGGCUAGGUGAGAAAGACAAGCUUGGAAAUAAUCAGCAGUUCAGUGUAGAGUCUAUGGAAUUUGAAGAAUUUGCCGUAGAAAAGUACUCCUUUGCUGUGCCCCUUAUCUAUUAUCCAGAAAAGUCCUCGGAAGAUGAAGUUGGAAAACAGGAAGGAAAAAUACCAGCUGGAACUGUCACUUGCAAAAAAAGAUUGAUAAGCCUUUUAGUUACCAUUGAGAACCACACUCCAUUAGUAGAGCUUUCUCAGUGUUUAGGAACCAGAACACUUAAUGCAAUUCUUGAAUCACCUUGGGAAGAAGCCAAAACCAAAUCCCCAGGGUGUGACCAAAGCACCCAUGAUACUUCAUAACUUGUUUCGCAUCCAAAAAAUCAUUCCGCAGACAAAAAGUAUAAAUGUGGUGACUGUGGGAAACUCUUCAGUCACUGAACCAACUUGAGGAUACACAGGAGAAUCCAUACUGGUGAAAAGCCUUAUAAAUGUGUUGAGUGUGGUACCAGCUUCCGUCGGCACUCACAUCUGUCCAGGCACAUGACUGUCCAUAGAAAGAAGAAGCCAUAUAUGUGUGGGAUAUGUGGGAAAGGGUUUUUGUAGCUCCCAGGACUGGACCGCCACCAAAAAUCCCACACUGCAGAAAAAGCCUGUGAACAUAUUUCGCAUCAGAACGUCACAUGGAGGAAAAGCCUCACGUAUGCAAAACAUUUUAUUUUGGAAUCAGAACUGGCAUGCCACCAGAAAAGCCAUGCAGAGAAACCUUUCAAAUGUAUCAUCUGUGGGAAAGGUUUCAGGUUGGAAAUGCAUCUUGUUCUUCAUCAGCAAACCCAUGUGACAAACACCAUGCAAUACCAACUGAUGGGCAGAAUCCACAAAAUUGUCAUUGAAUGA